CACUCCAGUUUUAUGGUGUUAGAUAUUAUCGUGUCCUCAUCCAGAUAGAUUUAACAUUUUCUUUAAAACGUUCGUUGUUUACCGGUCGCAGUUUAAAAAAUAUAUAUAUAUCAGGGCGAUGGCAAACGGAGAUCCAGUGAAAGCCCGAGUGAUUCUUCAGCAGUGUUUACACGCAAAGCUACAAGUGAAACCUGCAGACGCGGAGUCUGGGGCAGAAUGGGUAGAGAUUAAUCGUGGAAUGGUCAUCUACAUUUGCUUCUUCAAAGGUGCUACUGAAGAUAUGAUCCCCAAAAUGGUGAACGCACUCCUAAAUGUAAAGCUGUGUGAGAAUGAAUCUGGAAAAUACACUUCAGUCGUUGAUCUGCCUGGCAGCGUCCUGAUCGUACCUCAAGCAACACUGGGAGGGAAGGCGAAGGGAAAGUGCAUGCAGUACCACAACAACAUUGGUAAAGAGGACGGACAGGGGCUCUAUGCUAGUUUUGUCACUCACUGUGAAAAGGAGCUGAGUUCGGCCUCCAAAUGUGCCGAGGCUGGCACAGAAGUCAAACACGGGACCUAUGGCAACAGACAAGUUUUGAAACUGGAUACCAAUGGACCAUAUACUCAUUUAAUGGAGUUUUGAGAACUUAAUUUAGGAGCUGCCGCAGGACAAAAAUGUGCAAAAACGAAGGGUGACAAAAUUUUGUCAAAGUUUGUCAGUAAUAAAUCAAAAAAUCAUUUGUAUUUGCUAUAGCUGCUGAUCCAUGUGUUGUUGUUUUUUGUGCCAUGUCAUUUGAUUCAAUUGAACUGGCACAGCAGAGCCUUGAGCAUUCUGUAGCUCUAUGGUUUAUUCAUAAAACAGGAAGCUGAUAUACAUUAAUAACUAAAUCUUUGUUUUACCUGUUAUACCAAAAGAAAGCUGUAUUUCUGUAUAUUCUGAAAGAGGAAAAUCAUUUAGUCAUAAUAUACCUUGAUAAAGACUAAUUGUUGAGACAUGAAAAUGGCAGUACAAUAAGUCCCCAACAUACGAACGAGUUCUGUUCUGAGAGCUCGUUCGUAACUCCAAUUUGUUUGUAAGUCCAACAAACAUUGUAUAGGUACUAGGAUACUAACACAAUUGGCUAUACACAGUAUAAAACUAACAUGUUCCAUGAUCUUGUCCAUGUUGUUUAGAAUCGUGACGAUUCAUGUUAAAAGAAUAUCUGCCACCUUUUUACCUCACUCUAUUCUACCAAUUAUUUUCACUUUUCUGUCCAAUGUUAUCGCUUGGCGCUUCUUAGCAAUACCAGCUCCAUCGCUGCUGCUCUAAUGCUUGCUUUCAGACUUCCUGAAAUGUAUGCCACACGCACUUGACGAUGCACGCCGGAUGUAUGAUCCAACCUCGAUUAAACAUCCACAAACACAUUUGUAUCUUUCAAAGUUCGUAAGACAAAUGUUCGGACGUAGUGGACCUAGUGUAUGUGUGAUUCUGGCCUAGUUAGUAUACACGCAUAAUUUAGUUCCCUACUAUGGAUUGCUGUCCCAUCUGGAUGUAUUCCCAAACCACCCCCAGUGUAGGGCUCCGGAUCCAUUGCCACCCUUACCUGGAUUAGUGUAUGCUAAUACACCACGUUCCCUCCAAUCCUCCAGCACUGCUCGGCUGGUCCCAUCAUCUCUCAGAGAUUGAGGAAGACAGGCAUCUAAACUGUUUUCUGUAAAAUUAAUUUGAUCUAGAUGUCCGUAUAGCUAAGUCUCUAGCAGUCUUUAACGACGACUAAAGACCUUUUUCUUUAAUAUUUGGGUUACCCCCCUAACCCCAGCCUUAAAAAAAAAGUCUUUGACUGAUGGUACUUGGCUAGUAACCUAGCAACCCAGUGUAAGGAUCUAUCCAGUGACGGAAACUUCAAAGCAGUUUUGUCUGUCUCUCUGGAUAAGAGCGUCUGCCAAAUGCUUAAAUGUAAAUGUAUACUGAAACCGAGAGUGAUUGAAAGAUUAUACACCAGAAUUUGAUUCACAAGCAUAAAUAAUAAUCAGAAAUGGUUCUGUAGUACACUUCAUCAUUUCCGAGCAGCACUUUAAAUAAAGGUGUAAAUUUACUUUUGAAUGAUUGUCGAA